AUGUAUUCUCUACCAAGCAUGCCUUCAACAACAUCAGUUUUAUCAACAUACACCGCCUUUGCUGCUUCUGCAAUGCUUGUCCGGUCUAUGCUCAGUGAAGUUCAGACCCUGGUUAACCAAUUUAUCCCCCAAAAACUGCAAGAGAAAAUAUCAUCGAGUCUUGGACGCCUAUUCGGAAAUAUCUCUUCUCAAUUGGUUCUCAUCGUCGACGAAUACAAUGGUCUCUCCAUCAAUGAAAUCUUCCAGGCUUCUGAAGUCUACUUGAACACAAGAAUCACUCCCUCUGUCGAACAGCUUAAGGUUUCCAAAGAUCCAGGGAACAAAAGCAUUUCGGUCACAAUCGACAAGGGCCAACAGAUUAUUGACACGUUCGAAGGAAUUGAGCUAGCUUGGCAAUUCGUAUGUACUGAAACUCAACAAACGGUUGUUGAUUUUGAAAGCUGGUCCCAGUCAUCAGGAAAAAAAGAGCAUAGAUCGAUUCUGCUUAGCUUCCACAGGAAUCACAAGGAAAAGGUGUUGAACACUUUCCUCCCGUAUGUACUAGAAAGAUUCAAAGCCAUAAAAAAUGAGGAAAAGGUGCUCAAACUGCAGUCACUUGCAAGUUACGAAGGUGUCAACCUUAACCAUCCAUCUACUUUCGACACAUUAGCAAUGGAUCCUGGCCUCAAGAAGGAGAUAAUGGAUGACCUGGACAGAUUUGUGAGGCGAAAGGAUUUCUACCUAAAAGUAGGAAAACCAUGGAAACGUGGGUACUUGUUGCAUGGCCCUCCUGGCACUGGCAAGUCCAGCUUGAUCGCAGCGAUGGCUAACUACCUGAAGUUUGACAUUUACGACCUUGAACUUGCAAGUUUGACUAGCAAUUCGGAACUGAGGAGAUUGCUAGCCAGUACAACGAAUCGAUCGAUACUUGUAAUUGAGGACAUCGAUUGUAGCAUUGAGUUGCAGGACCGACAAAAUAGAGGAUACAACCAGGGUGAAAGUCAGCAGUUAACUUUGUCUGGACUGCUUAACUUCAUUGAUGGAUUAUGGUCAAGCUGUGGAGAUGAGAGGAUAAUAGUGUUCACAACCAAUUACCAAGACAAACUAGAUCCUGCAUUGCUGAGACCAGGCCGGAUGGACAUGCACAUACACAUGUCCUACUGCACUCCUUGUGGAUUCAAGAUUCUUGCUUCUAACUACCUUAACGUUAAAAAUCAUAGCCUUUUCAGUGAGAUUGAUGAGUUGAUAGUGGAAGUGGAAGUGACUCCAGCAGAGGUUGCAGAAGAGCUCAUGAAGAAUGAAGAUGUCGAUAUUGCACUUACAGGGCUCAUUGGAUUUCUAGAAAGGAAGAAGGGAAUGAAACUCAAACAACUGAAUGUUGAAGAACAAAAAGCGGAUGAUAAACAGAAAGAAAAUGACAACAAGAAUGAAAGCCAGGAAAAAGAGGAGAAAUGGGAGAAGAACAAAGUCAAGAGAAAUAAGAGGAAGAAGGCAAGAAGAGCAAAAGGAAGAACUUGA